UGCCAUUAAGUCACCGGCUAUAAUAACGACGGUGAUGGGGGUGACACUAAACGUGAAAGAGAGAAGGAUGAGAGUAUAUGUAAGGUAUAUUGGGUGGAAAUUAGGGUUUUAGUAUAAUAUUUAUUUGAAGAGUUUCUCUACAUUCCUUUAUGAUCAGUCUUUUUUUUUUAUAUUUUUUUGAACAAAAAUAGCCUACAUUCAUAUCAUAAGUUUUAGGAUCAUUACAUCAAUGAGAUGAAAAACAAAUCUGACACCAAACAGACACCAACAACUACGACUGUAAACCCUAUGGUGAGACUUAAAGACGGUCACCCUUGAAAGAGCAACACGAAUCGCUAACCAUGUACCAGGCUUGACACAGCCAUCCCUGUUUCCAAAGAUCCAAACAUAGCUAAUGACAUGAAGAAAGGCUAAAAUCCCAAACAAACUGACACACAUAGCAACAAAGACAGUAACGAGAAUCCAAAUGACAAAAUAAUAAAAUCUCAUCGGAGGAGGACAAAGCAUGAGAAAAUCUAAACAAUCAAAAUAAAUGUCUUGAACCCUAGCACCUCUUUCAACCCCUGGCGGUGGCUCAGGAGGAGACCGGACCUUCGUCGCUCGAUUGGUUACCUCUCUCGUUGUCUCUCCGGAUUCGGAUUCAGAAACCCCAUCAUCAUCAAUCAGUAGCGCACCCGCCGUAGGACCCAAAUCCAUGUCAUUGAAUUGAUCAAUCAACUUCUCCUCCACGUUAACCAUGUCCAUCGCUGCUACCACGAUUGUCCAAACCACGCACUACGACGCCAAAGAUGCGUCGAAAAAGCAGCGCCGCACCUACGAUGGCGAAAAACACACCCUACGCGAAAAGUUCUCGCUAGAUCAGUCUUUUUUUAUAUUUUGAAACUAGUUUUAUUAUUGCAUUUCUGUAUUGAUUUUUUCUUCUUCAAAUUUGACUGCAAUUGAGGUUGUUUAGAGGAAAGAGAAAUAAUAAAAAAUACUUUCUUCAUCUCUCCAAACUUUACGGGGCACGAAAAAAUAACAAUGUUUUAAUAACCAAAAAGGAUGUCUCUCUGGAUCUCCCCUCUAAAAUUUGGAUAGGUAACGGAGCAAAUGGUUUGUGUAUGAAAAUCUACCUUUUUUCUGUAAAAACUGCCAUCGUUUUGGACAUAAAGAUAAGGACUGCCCCAAAUGUUCACUGCCAAAGGGCGGGGGUGCAAGCUGCAGUGCCAAUGUCCCUGUUACUAAUGGUAUUGAUGCUUGUACCAAAGUUUCACCGAAUGUUAUUCAUGUUUUGAUUACUCAACAGUCGGGUACCUAUAAGGCUAUAAUGCUGAUGUUACUGAUGUUAUUGAUGAUAUUGCUACUUUGGAAAGUGUUUUAGCAGUUUCUCAUCCCACCGAUAAGGCCAAAUUUCAAGAUACUAUUUGCUCAAUUGAUAACUCAUGUUAUCCUUGUGCCCCUGUGAAUGCCAAACAAGUCCAGGCAGGUGGUUCCGUUAUUGAUAUUUCUAUGACAAAUGCCCCUGUUUCAAUAGAGAAGCCAGGUUCUAAUUGUGCUUCUGUUAACGAACUUACUACCACUGUAACUAAUGCCCCUAUUUCAGUUGAUAAGCCAGGUUCUAAUUGUGCUCCUGUUAACGAUCUUACUAGAAUCACUUGUGAUCCCGUUAAAGAAGUUAUUGUCCCUAAAUAUGUUGCUGUUGAUGCUAAAAAUAUGGGUUUAGGUCCCAUUCAAGUGGUAAUAGACCACAACGAGGCCCCUGUUGAUGCUACUCAGUCUGCCUCAGUCCAACGCGAGUUGGCUUUUUAUUAUGAUGAAACCCCGGUGGCCACCCAUCACGAGGCGGUAACUGAGGGUAUUCACCAACUGGUUACCUAUGAGGCUGGAUAUGAUACUUUUGAGGCCCGGAAUGGAAAUGAUGGGAUCCUCUCUGAUCCGACGCAAGACUAUGCAGUGACUACACUUAUCCCGAUCCAGUCCAGUGAUGAAACUAUUUCUGAUGACACCCAAAUGCUAACUUUUUAUGAUGCAGUCAUGCAGGUAAUACCGAAAAUUGUACAAUUGAGGAGGAAAACUUUGAAGGAUUUACGCAAAUCAAAAGUAGAAAAGCAAAAACACAAUCUGCAAAAUCUCUCCAAACGAAGCCACAGAAGAUGCUCAACUAUACUACCAGGUAGGAUACUCAUCUCAUCUCAUGAUCACCCGAAGCCACUCAAAAAGACCUCAAAGCGAAAUAGACUACUUUCUCUACCCAGUGGACGGGAGGUUUGAUUCACCGCAUAAAUUGGCAGCCGCCCUCCAGCGCUUUAGGCAAUCUCGUCCAGAAGAAACAAUAUUUAGGCCUUAUCUUAAGAGAGCCAUAAGGUUUCACAACAGGCCUUAUCAUAAGGCUUCAAUUGGAAUCCCAUCAAAAGAUUUUAAUUGUUGAUGUAAUUUUAUUCAUGUUCGUUCCAUUUAUCUUGUUCUUUCAAGUCACCGUUUGUAAUCUCAACUCUAUUGUACUCAUAACCUUAUUACAAUAAAUUAGGGAGGUGUUCCCCGGCACCCCCACCCAGUGUGGAUUGAACCCGGG